CUGUAGCAGACGCGUACGCCGCUACAGAUUCGUAUUGCUGCCCCGUAGUUUUCUAAAGCCGUUGGCGUGUGUACAUGCUAGUAGUAGUGUCAUGCUUGGCUCACCAGUGGAAGUCCGGUACGACGAUGGCAUUGUACUAAUCCAAACCGAUGGCGGUGGUCCAGUACGUGCCAGCGACGGUGGCGGACAACCAUGUGCUAGCGAUGGCGGCGGUGAGGCUGACGCACAGCACGCGAGUCAAACCAGCAGCCAGGAGAGCAUUGCUGCCUCUCCUGAGUCAAGAAGCAUUAUCAUUCGAGACGGGCACCGAGAAGGAUGCGGCUCAAUAACGAUCGUAACCACACCUAAUAAUUUAAAAAUCAGCAUUAACACUAAAAGAUACGAUCGACAGAGUGCAUUUCAGGCAGCGAAACGUACCCUUACGAAGGAUCUGCGGAAUAAAUUGGGCGAGUUGGACAUGUUACUGAAGGCGUCGUGUGAUGACGAUGAUGGCAAUGAGCGUGGUUCACCAUCAGCUGGCAGCAACCGAAGCUCACCGGUCACGGUACAAACUCAACCGAACUCCAUGACUAGCAACGGAACGGAAGAAAACACCGAUACGACUAGUAUGAUGGAAUCCGCCGGUGCGUGUAGCUUAGAUUCGUUGCAAGAGCCAAUAUACUUGCUAGACGAUGUACUCGUACGGCCCACUAACGAAAAUGAAAUCUUCUAUCUAGGCACCGUUGUUGAUCUAGAACCCAAUCACGACUGUCUGGUGCGGUUCGGUGAUGCGACCGAGCGGCGAUUCUCACGCUCUAGCAUCACACGGUGCAGUGGAACCGAUCGGCAAUCCCGCAGCAUGACACAAACACCGACGCAGAAUGAUGACGAACUGCAGCUGACCCGCACUGAAUCGAAACCGCCACUGCUUCGAUUUCCGCCGGAGCUAUUUCCGUUGGUUUCCAGCAUGCAGCUGCCGUACGAUUUAAAAAAUCUGAAAUGGGAUUCGAACCAUCGGGUGAAUACGACCGGCAACUAUUGCUACUGCGGUAAUGAUGGCGAUUGGGCGCGGGAAAUGUUACAGUGUCGUCGCUGUGAGCAGUGGUUCCACGGGCGGUGUGUGCGUAGCUUGCAGUUUCCUAUUUUCCACGGUGACACAUUCUACGUGUUUAUUUGCUCGAUCUGCAACCAUGGGCAUGAGUUUGUGCGUCGGCUUGUGGUGAGCGCCAGCAACUUAGCACAUCUGGUGCUUUACAACCUCAUCAUGCGUAACGGUCGCCGGUUCUACGGGUUACGCACGGCCAUUCUGCCCUACAUCGAAGAUAAUCAGCGCACUCUGCAACUGUCAGACAAGUUCUUAAAACUUUCAACGAACGAAAGAGCAGAUCUGUUGCUUAAUACAUUCAAAAGCAACAAGAAUCGAUUCUACAACGGCAAGGAUUUUAACCUGUCGUCGCAGCUGUGGUCUCUCCAUCAACCGGUACCACCGCCGGUUGAACCAAUCACCAUACCUAUACCACCGAAAGAAACAAUAACAGAAACGAUGCUCCAACAGAAGCUGGAAACUACGGAACAUUUUCGGUUUCUGCCAAGGGUUUACCAUGAAAGAAAUUAUUUCAUGGAUGGCGCCACUCGCGAACGAAUGGUGGGCUUACUCUACGCCAAUCAUCCGGAAUCCGUCGAAGAUCCACGGACGGAAUUUUGUUUCAUUGGUCGACUUUUUCCGCCCGCACCGGAAGCACCAAAACAAUCAAACACAAUCGAUCCACCAUCUGGCGUGGCGUCAACAGCACAACCAUCAACGUCAACACAAGCAUCGGUUGUUGCCAGCAAUAAUGGCAGUAAUGGACAGGUCGGUGCGCGUCGACGCAAGCGUUACGGCAUCCGGCCGACCCCGACAACGUUGCUGACGACGAUCAGUGGGCUGGACAGAAUCAUACCACGACCAUCCAAUUUCGACGGCCCAAAUAAUCCUUUCUAUGAGGACGAUUCUUCAACGGGAUCGGUCAGUACCGGACGUAUGCGGUACGCAUACCGCAAGUUGGGCAACAUGAAACGCCGCGCAUGUGAUGAGAGUCAACCGUACAUGUCGAGCACAAAGCGACGUAAAAUGGGACCCGCGGGUAGCUCGUCUUUAUCGAGUGCUGCUGUAUCGCGCAUCCGUCCUAUGCGCAAAAGGGCACUAUCCGAUGUGGCGGAAGAGUCACAUGAGGAACUGUCAUGGCACAAUGUGCAAUGUGGAAGCAUGUACAUGCAGCGGCGUUCAUGCGCAACUGGCUCCUCUUCUUCGGGCAUGGCCGAGCAAGGGGAAGCGACGGUUGCCACCGGCCAGAUUUGUUCGGAUGGUUCAGGUGAAAUCAGGAAAAUCAAACAAUUUGCGAGCGGUCGCCGAUCCUCAGGGCGACUGAUUGCGCUCAGAACUAAAGACUAUUCGGAUACGCGUCGCAACAAGCGAUCCCGGGAGCCGGAUACGGUGGUGCAACCCGACGGCUCAUCAACCGUGUCGCGCGGCCGGUUGAACUCGGGUAGCGUGACCACCGACGACUCCGAUCAAUCGAAUGGUGAUCGGGUGUCCUUACGUACUUUUUCAACGAGCGGCAACGAGAGCAGCUCGUGUGCGGUGCGCAAAAUUUACUGGGAACAAGAAAAGCUUGCCACAACACCGGCCGAUCAGCAGCAGGAGGAAAACCUUAUCAAAUGUGUCGUGGUCGCAAAGCGCAUUCUCCCUGAUGGGAAGCAGGAACAUCUGCUCGAGGAAAUUAACUGAAACGGGAAUCGUCCACCCCACUCUCUCGGGUUACUUUUUCGAAUUGGUAGAUUUUUAGGUUUUUUUUUUAUCUGUUUGACGGAAAAAGAAAAACAUCCACAUCCGGAUGCAUUGAUUUAAUCGCUGCAUGUAGGAGAGAAAGCAAAACAAGAAGAAAAAGAUCAAAAGAUUUCUGUAGCCGAGAGAGAGAGAGCAGGUUUUGGGUUGGGAAGUUUUCGUAUGCUUACUUUGUUUUUUUUUCUCUAUUUGUUUUUGUUUUUCAAAUCUGUGCAAGUUGCGGAAAGCACUUGUAUAUAUUGUAGUUGCACUUUGAGAGUACAAAAAUACAUCGCAUAGAAUAAAAAGGAGAAUAACGUACAACUGUACUUCAUAAGAUCGAAAACAGAUGAAAGUGGCAAACCCUUUCGCGAAAUACCACCAUUGUUUACUGUGCGGAGAUGGAAUGUAAAACAUUACAUGCACCCGCGGAACGUAUGAAAUCGAUAAACCAGUUUAGAAACCGCGAAGAAUCGGUGCAGUUUUAUAUAGGGUGAAGCAUAGCAUAGAAAGUUCCUUUAUACUUUAAAAGAACGAAUGGGACCAGCCGGAAGAUGUUAACAAAUGUUGUCGACAAAACAAUUUAGUAUCGUUUUUUUUUUUUUGUUUUUGCGUCAGGAGGGGUUAGCCAGAUAAUUUUUCAUUUUCUUUAUUCUCCUUUGCGAUGAAGUUUAGGGUUAGUUAUUUCUUUUUUCGCCAUUAUUUUCCAAUAUGCUCAACCAUUAUGUUGAAGGCAACACAAAAUUAUAGAUUAGAGAUCUAAAACAAAACUAUUCAAUUAUAUUUCAAUUAUAUUUCAACCCUUUUCAACACAAAGUUAUAGAUUGCGAACAAAACU